GGGAUCUAGCUGGCCACCCUCCUACUGGAUGCGGAAAACAUACUCUUAAUGUGAGCUAAAUAAUCAAGUUUGUAUAAUCGCGCUUUCAUCUCAAGUUUUCGCAGUCUAGACUGCGUGGUACCCCACGUACCAUGGAAUCAGAAUUGUCAUCUAGCUAAAAUGACAAUCUUCACUCCAGGUUUCGCCCAGGUGUACAGGAUUUAGUCAGAUGUGUUUUCGAGUUUCUGAGGGAUCAACUUUCUAGAAGGAUCAACCGAUGCAUGGUUGAUCCCGCAGGGUGUGUUGCGCAAUUUCACAGAGGAAGAACCAACCUAUAGAAGAAAAAGAGGACGAAGAUCCAAGAUGGGCAAUGUUCUGCGCAAGAACUUCAGCAACCAGCAAUGCCCCUUGACGGAACGCGAUAAGAUCCUGAUUCGCAAUAGCUGGCGCAUGUACUGCGAGCGGAACCCGGACUACGACGUGAGCAUCUUCAUCGGCAUGUUCGCCAAGUACCCCGAGUACCUGCAGCUGUUCCCCAGGUUCAGGGACAAGGAAGUGCGCGCGCUUCGCAACGACGCCGCAUUCCGGGCUCACGCAUGCGCCGUGGGCCAGCAGCUGUCAGCCAUCGUCGAGUGCAUCGAGGACGACGAGGCGUUCGUCGAGCUGAUCCGCAAGAACGCCGCCGAUCACCUCCCGCGGGCGGGCGUGUGGCCCGCGAACUUCGAGGGUUUCUUCGCCGCCGCGCUCGAGCAGAUGGUGGCCUGCAACAGAGCACUCAUGACGCCAGCCACCGUGGACGCGUGGCAGAGGCUUUUCGAGAUAAUGAACACUAUCACGAGGAACGUGUACGAGGAAGCCGCAGAAUCCUUGGCAACCAGCCAGCACGCCUCGUCGGGAGAUGAACGCACAUUGUCCGACCCAGUCGCUGCAUUUGCUGAACCCUCGAAGACGGACGCUGCUGAUGCUGAAGCUGGUUCCAGCACCGCGCCCGGACAACUGACCACACAGGAAGCCACCGCCGGCGCUGGUGCUUCGGAGAAACUGGCCGCGGAGCGUCGGUACAGCGAUCCUGGCACUUAGAACCCGAAUACAAUGGCGCCCGCUGGAAACGUCAGUGGCGUAACGACAGGGUUGGCUGUCUAGGGUGAAGCGAGCAGCGCCCCUUAAUAAAGUGCCCACUGCGAUAUUUCCGACUCUUUAAAGCAGUUAGCACCAGCACCUGCAGCGGACGCUGGUGGCACGCAAGCACCACCAGCCGCACAGCCUGGCUUGCGUAGUGCUGGGCCUCCGAACAAGCCAACUCAGGAGGCCAGCAUAGAUUUGCCGUCACUGGAUAACAUGGAGCCGGCUACAAUAUAACGCUUCGCCAAUCAUUGAAGCGACAAUUGGCAGUGCUGUAUGUAA